UAUAGAUGAAUGUACUCAUCUCUAUCUGUUAAUGUAUAUAAAUUUGUUAGGUACACUAAAGCAGCCUUGAUGACCAUAAAAUUUUCUCAAGCCAACUUUAGUUGAACCAAAUCCAUCAUAAAAUAAAGAAUUUUAGACCUGCUACCAUUACCAUUAAUCAUUACUUUCCAAUUCCUAAUUACUCAGUACAUGUGAAGAACAAAGAGAUGGGGCUUACAUUAAAGGAAGAACUCUUGGAUUUUUUUCUAGUCCCAAGUGGCUUACUGCUCAUGCUUGGAUAUCAUCUAUUCCAUCUCCACAGAUGCCUAAAUUUCCCUAAUACCACAGUUAUCGGCUACGAAAAUCAUAACAAGAAGGCUUGGGUUCUUCGAACCCUACAGGUUGAAGCCAAGGAAAGAGGGCAAGCUAUAGCUGUGAUCAACAGCAACAUAUCUGCAGCAACUUCACUGGCUUCGAUGUCACUGGCUUUGAGUUCUCUCAUGGGGGCAUGGCUUGGUAGCGUCUCCCACAAUGAUUUCAUAAGCAGUAAUAUCUAUGGAAAUAAAAGCUCGACUGCUGUUUCCAUCAAGUACAUAGCUCUUCUGUCAUGUUUUCUGGUUGCUUUUGUUUGUUUUGUUCAGACAGUAAGGUGUUUUGUUAAUGCCAAUUUCCUCAUAAGCAUGCCGGAUUGUGAGGUUCCUACUAGCCAUGUGGAGAAUGCAGUUAUAAGAGGAAGUAAUUACUGGGUAAUUGCCUUGAGAUCGCUCAUUUUUGCCAGCAAUUUGCUGCUUUGGAUUUUCGGUCCAAUCCCAAUGUUUGUUUUCUCGGUGAUAACAGUAGUAGUGCUGCAUAAUCUGGAUAAAAAUACAACCCCGUUGCCUCAGUAUAAGACAACACCAGUCAGUUAUCACCCGGAGAAGAAUGACAAGGAAAUGACUGCAGUCAAUAGUACUAAUGAUAGUUGUAAGAGAUUAGAUACAGCUGAAGAAGAACAUCAAGCAUCUGAUUAUGAUCAAAUUGUAUGUGAAGCAAAUCAGCAAUACGUGACAGAAAACUAUAACGGGGAUGAAAGAGGAUAAGCUCACUUCCCUGCACCUCUUUUUGUAAGAUACCGCUGCUGUAUAACUGUACAAAUAUGAUUUUGUACUCAACACUACAUGAAAUAAAUAGCCUUUUUUUGGAGUUUCCAUUUA